CCCUGCUUAGAGACUUUGACGGAAAUGUGCUGUCUACUGGCAUCCACCAAAACUACAGUGAAAUCAUCCGCUCUCCAAGCCAACCAGAUCCCACCCGACCUGCCAUUCGCGUCGACUCUAAUUAUCUCAUCAAAACCCAGUUUGCUGCAGAUCGAGUUUGCUCUUUCUCCGCUGAUCUGUGGCUCCAGAACAAUAAGGAAAUCGGGUUUAUAGGUGUUCUUCAUCAAACGAAUAGCUCGCAGAAAUUUCUUGCUUCCUGCUCCACAGACAUUCCAAGACAAAAUAUUUAAAUUAGUUUGAUAAAUCAUGGAAAAAAAAAUAAAAGGAAAAAGAAGGAGGCUAAGAGGAGUCGAAGAGCUCAGGAGGCUUCAAAGGAAGACGCUUCAUGCUCCUCUGUGAGGGGCUGUUCUUUGGAGGUUUCCAUGUUGUUCCUCUCAACCAUAGCCACAUCCCCUUUCUCAGUUUCGGUAAGCCCCGAGGGCCAAUCGCUUUUUUUGAGGGAAGUGGUGCAGAAUUCUUCAAUCGCUUGUAUCGACAUCGGGAAGGCCCCCUGUUUCUGUUUAUGAUGAGCUUCCUUCUUGCCAGGGCUCUGGAUCUGAAGAGGUUUUCUCGUAGCCUUCAGGUUGACGCCCUUGUGCUGCGUAGACCGUUCCGCCUUCUGCCUGGGAAAGUGCUGCCGGACCGAAGAGCCGCCGGAGUUGGGGUUCUGGUUUUCUUUCUCAGGUGGGCGCAAAUCAGGGACCUCAAGGAUCUGGAUUUUCGUCUUGUUUGGGCUGGCCACCAAAACGGUUGGGAGAGGCUUAGAUUGAUGUUCACUGGUUGGUUUAGACGCUGGGCCAGAUUGGGGGUCGCUAGGGAGCUGAUUCUGGGGUUCGCUAGAAUGAAACUUUGUUAACAGCACAAAUUUCUAGUCCAGUGGAUAAGCUGCCUAGUUCUUAAAUUUUCCUGAUACACAGCAUUGCUUUUAUAAUUUUAACAGUUUUUUUUUUCAAUUCAAUCCUCUAAUUUUCCUGCUUUUUUCUUAUAAAUCUUGUAAUUUCAAAUAAAUUCAGUCAAGUUCUUAAACUUUUACAUUCAUAUUUUCAAUGAUUUUUUUUGGAUAUGUAGUUAAUUAAUUUUCAAAAACAAUAAUAUAAUCAUAAAUUCAUAUUAAAGGUAUAAACAAUUACAUGUUAAAAUGCAUGAUAAUUUUUGCUCACAGUAUAAACAUUUAUUUUGAGUAUAACAUACUAGCAAACUUUAAAUUAAUUAUAUUUUGAGUGUUUUUAUUAUUUUAAUUAAUUAUACUUCAAGUUGUAAAAUUGUACAAUAACAUAAUGAUACAAAUUGCUUUAUGGUACAACCUAAACUUAUACAUUUAAUGUUAUGGUACAACUUUAAAUUGUUCAUUAAAGCACCAAUACUAUAUAGCAUAGUAGAAAUGCUCGUUGAAUUAGAUCGUGUGGCAGUUGCUACAGUCAAUAGUAGACGUGUCAUCUGCUUGGCCCGUCUGUCUUUUCCUUGUUGGGCCAUGUUGUCAAUUUCCCCCGCAUGCCUUUUAUGGGCUUGAUGGGCCUUCUUUAUGGCUUUUUGGCAUUUGGCCCUCGUUUUUUAUUUGUUUUGCAGGUUUGCCUCUGCUUGGUGUUAUGGGUCACUUCAAUCCAAUUCUAGGUGGCAUCAGAUACAUCUGCAAUUUGCUGCUUGAUAGACACAAGAGUUUGGUCCUAGGUUAAGGUACAGAGACCUUAAGACGGUGUGGUGUAGCGGUGGAGGCUUAUAUCUUUUUUAGGUUUCAGUGUUUUUGUCACUUUGUUCUUAGGAACUAAUAGAAUUGCCCAUUUAGUUGCAUAAAAGGCUCUUUCAUCAACAGAUCGAUUAGUAUCGAUUGUCGUUACUUUUAUCUAUUGUAAUCAUAUAUGUCUACUAUUUCAUCUGACUAUGAUAUAAAAAAAAACAAAUACACAAAUGUUAGGGUCAUGGUUACUCUUUAGUGUCAUCAUCGAUCCUUCAAAUUGGUUACUCCAAUAUAUGGUCUUAUUCAAGUCUUCGAACACUCAAGACAAUUCAUGAAAAGGAGCAACAUUAUUUUUCUAAAAUAGUCACGUGCAACACACCUUGUGAGACCGAAUAUGCCACCACAAAUUCUAAAAGAAUCAUCAUCCAAUAAAAUAUUGUACUUUUUGUGUACUUUUUCUUCAAUUUAAAUUUUCCCUCAUGAGAUAAAAUUUGGUGACCUAUUUUAGUAAUUUACUUAUUUUAGUAUACGAACACGUUGGACUACAGGAUCAUAACAAGAUAACCUUUGUGAACAUCACUAAAUCCUAGGAAGGCACAACGAGCAUUCUUAGAGGUUAAUUUGAUUCUUUCCCACUUAGGAAGAAGCACAAAACACUGACAACCAAAGAUCAGAAGACGAGUAUAGUCAGGAUGACGACCAUACAGCACGAAGUAAGGACUCUUUUGUUGAAGUAUAGGAGUCAUAUGAUAGUUAAUCAAACGAACUGAAGUUGCUACGACUUCAGGACGAAAACGAAUAGGAAAACAAUGGGCUAGAAGAAGUGCCCGAGUAAGCUCAACAACAUGGCGGUACUUUCGUUACCAAACCAAUUUGUUGAGAUACUCCAGGAUACGACAUUUGACUCAGAAUGCCACGAGACUUAUACACUUCAUGCAAAGGGUGAGAGCUAAAUUUGCCUCCCGGAUCUGAGCAAAUAACCUUAACCGUACGACCAAAUUGAGUAUGUAUCAUAUUAAGGAACUCGAUAGCCACAGAAUGAAGUUCAUAUUUCAGACGGAGAAAAUAGAUCCAAGAGAAAUGAGUAGCAUGAUAAAUAAACAAGGCAAAAUAAC